GGUUAACAAGCCAGUAUUUGGCAAAAUUAUAUUUUAUCAACUUUGGCAUGUGACAUUGAAUUUUUAAGCAAUAACCAUUUAAUGAUUACACCAAUACGGGAUUAAUAUAGAAUUGAAGUACGUAUACAAAAAGGAUAUAUUAGUGUUUAACAAAAUGUCAUUUACUGUCAGAAAGGGUGGCGGAGGACGAGCAACUGUUUAUGGAACAAGUGAUAAAUUUCUGAAUGCUAAAAUAAAAAAUCGAACACUAGAUGCAAAAUUGGUCGAGCAUGAACGACAAAUUGACAAACGCAAAGAAAAUGAACUAAGGAUUUUGAAACACGAACAAGAGGUCAUUGCAGAAGAUCUAAGUAAAACACGGAACGCUUUGAACAGGUACACAAGAGCAGGACUUAACCAUUCUCGUUUGUUUAAUCCCAAAUCCCCGAAAACACAUAAUGAUAGAUCAAAAACGCAUCCACAAGAGAAAGAUGCUGUUGAUGAAGCCCUCCAAUUGCUGGCAUACAAGACACGCCGCCGGAGCAGCUCUGCUGGAGCUGCCGAUAUGCCAACAAAAAGACCAUUACAGGCUUCUGACCCAAUUAAAUCUGAUAUUAAAACGCCUGAUUUCGAACUAGAUGGAGCAAUUUCGAAAUUAGCAUACAAAUCUCAUCGAAGGUCCAGCUCGGUAGGAGAUAUAAAUGUUUCAGUGCUAACAACCAAUGCGUCUACUACUGAAGAACCACGACGGGUUGAGGAAGAAGAAGAUCUUUUGGAAUCUACCUUUGAUAGUUUAUUGAAACGAGCCAGCUAUAGAUCACGUAGGCGUACAAGUUCCGCCGGUGCAGCUGAUAUGAUAAGACCAAAUCUUGCCAAAUCUGGAAAAGAUCACCGCGAGAUUAGCCAAUUCAACGAAUCAAAAUCUCGCAAAGAGACAUCUGAAAAUGAAAAUGCAGAAGAUGUUAUGGAUGCGACAGAAGAACUCGAGAGAUUCCAAAAGUUACGCUGUUGUCUACGUAGGAAAUCGAAAUCACUGAAUGAUAUAAGCAUACUUGGUUUGAGAAAUCACCAAAAAGCAGACACAGGGAACGAUGUCAGAGAUAUGACGGAUGGUUUAGACCAACUAUUGAAUGAGGUUAAGGGAAGGGUAAAGAAAUACCAACAGUGUUAUAAAGAGCGUUUUGGUGUAAUGUCCCCAAUUCAAGCUUUUCAUGAAGAAAACAGCGAUAUACAAUCAGAAAACGGGGAUACGAUAUAGAUUACCAACGAGGUGUUAUAAAGAGCGUUUUGGUAUAAUGUCCCCAAUUCAAGCUUUUCAUGAAGAAACCAGCGAUAUCCAAUCAGAAUACGAGGAUACGAUUCAGAUUAUCCACGAGGUCACAGAAUCCUUACCAAACGAAAAAAUUACCAAAUAUGGGAAACAGUUGGAACUAAAAAUUUAAUGACUCAUAUGCACUUAUUUACGAAAUCUUAAGUUACGUAAAGUAUUUCAGGGUGUAGUAAAAAGUGUUUCCAUAAAUAACACGAACAAUAAGAACUACGUAGUAGAAUUUACCUAUAAAUGCCACUAUUAAAUAAUUGCCGAUAUGUCAGACGAUCGAUUAUUAAAGGAAAUUGGUUUUACUUGAAAGAUAUUUUUGAAGUUUUUGUGUGACUAGAUAAGCAUAUCUAGUAUUUUUAAUUAAAGACUUUAGAAGGACCUUUUGUUUAUUAUUGUCACUAUUGUGAAUUUGUGAAUUAAUUUCAAAUAAAAUUUUAGUUGUCACUCACACAUAUCGUCCAGCCAUAAUGUACACCAACGCAUAACAAACAUCCUAACAUUCUCUAUUGAAAAAA